CGCAAGACUAUCUUUUGUCUAGCUCUAGCUCCAGAACCAGAUCUGGAUCUGGAUCGCCUUUGCUGAGCCGACCAUAUCAUAGUAAUAAACUGGGCGUAAAGAGUGUCGAGCCCAGGUAUCAGAUCGCGCCAAGCUCAGCAGACAUACUCAGUUGAGCAACCUGCAUCUAGACGGUGCGAGGAUGGAAUACAAACAACAGACGGGCCUCGUGACCCCGCGUCUCAUUAUCCAUGGCGGCGCGGGAAACAUCACGCCCGAGAACCUCCCGCCGGAGCGCUACAGCGCCUUCCGCGAAGCUUUGUUGACAAUUGUCACCAAGACCCACGCCUACAUGACCACGCCCUCCUCUGGCACAGCGGCGGAAAAAUCCCAGGCGCAGAUCCUUCCAGGGGCGCUCGACGUAGCAGUGCAUGCGGUCCUGCAGCUCGAGGACAACCCGCUGUUCAACGCCGGCCACGGCGCCGUCUUUACCCGCGAUGGUAUCAACGAGCUGGAGGCCUCCGUCAUGGUGUCCCGUGGCCAUGCGAAGCGCGCGGUGGGCGUGGCUGGCCUGCGGCGAGUGCGCCACCCCAUCUUGCUUGCCCGUGAAAUGCUCGAACAUGGAGACGAUGACCUCAGCGUGAACGACAGCCGCGGCGCGGCUCCGAACGUGCCAUCCGCCCAGGGCCACACUCUCCUCUUUGGCGAGACGGCCGAGGCCCUCGCGCGCGACCAUUACGGGCUGGAGAUGGUGGAGCCCGAGUACUUCUUCACGCAGCGUCGGUGGGACGAGCACAUCCGAGGGCUGCAGCGGGAACGUGAGUCCAACGGCCGCGCCUCUGCGAGCUGGUCCCCCAAGGAGUACGUACCGCAAGGCACUGUCGGCGCCGUAGCGCUGGACUCCAACGGUGUCAUAUGCGUUGCGACAAGCACAGGUGGGCUCACCAACAAGCUGACUGGGCGCAUCGGAGACACCCCAUCGCCGGGUUCUGGAUUUUGGGCGGAGGAAUGGGUUGAAACUGGUGACCCGACUGGUUCGCAGGGCUUGCAGAAAAUGCUCUCACAGCCUGGUCCAGCUGUUCAGCUGAGCCCUUCCCUCCAAGGUCUGAUAGCUGACUGUCUUCCCACUCCACUGCUACGCAUGCCUUUCCCCAACGAUCAGCGCCGCUCAGUCACCACAACACGCUCCUUUGCUGGGUCAGGCACCGGAAAUGGCGAUAGCUUUAUGCGCGUUGAUGCACUCCGGACAGUCGCCGCCAUGGCACGCUUCAAGCCAAUAUCGUCAUCGCACGCUCUGAGCGCUGUUGCAGGCCCUGGGGGAGAGCUUCAGCGUAGUGCACAGGAGAGAUGGGGCCUGAAGGGCGAGGGCGAAGGUGGGAUCAUUGGUAUUGAGUGUGCAAUCGUCACCGAUGACAGGGGUCGCGUUGUAGAGUCAAGAACCGAAAUUGUGCACGAUCACAACUGUGGCGGCAUGUUCCGAGCGUGGAUUGAUACCAAUGGCGAGGCGCACUUCAAAGUUUUUCUGAAUGAUGCCGGUAAGGUCUGACCAGAUUAGCUCACGCGUCAAAGGAGUUGGGUGAUUCAAGCUGGCAGUAACAGUGUCAUUCGGAUCUGAGUAUUGUCAGUCAGAUAGAGUUUCUCCAGGUAGAUGAGUAGAUCGCCUAGGUUGUGUAUUAUUGUAAUGUAUUUGUUGCGCAUAUUGUUGCGCGGUGUGAGCCCAUCUCUAGGGUUCUUUUUGUUCGUUAUAGUACACUUGAUACAACACCCACCAUCCAUAAAUGACCCAAAAAAUAUACAACAGCGGCUGCCGAGGUAGUAGCCUGAAAAGGAGAGUAGAGUGG